CACAAAUUCAUGGCGGGGAAGAUAAAAGUCACAAAAUUUGCCAAAAUAUACUUCUUUUCUUAUCAAAUCUACGUAAAUAUCUCCAGUGAUUCAGGAAUAAUUAUGUGCUAACUGGUUCUUUGUAACACACAUCGUUAUCACAAGGCAAAGAUUGAAUCCAGUGAGACCCCACAGUCAAAUCAGUCCACUAUCUACUAUCUACUACAUACCAGGAACAAGGUGUAAGAAUGCAGCGUGCAGCAAGAAUGAAGCGUGAGAUGCAAUUGUUCAGUGAAAGUCCCCCUCAUGGUAUAUCAUGCUGGAACAAAAAUGACAGCAUAGAAGAACUUGAAGCAAGAAUUAUAGGAACUGAUGAUACUCCCUAUGCACAAGGUGUUUUCAAACUUGAGAUCCAUAUACCAGAGAGGUAUCCCUUCGAACCACCUAAAAUGAAAUUUGUUACCCCCAUAUACCAUCCAAAUAUAGACUCUGGUGGGAGGAUCUGUCUAGACAGCCUCAAAAUGCCGCCAAAGGGAGCGUGGCGUCCUGCUCUGAAUGUGAGCACAGUGCUGACAUCUAUCCAACAGCUCAUGAAUGAACCUAAUCCAGAUGAUCCACUCAUGACUGACAUUUCUGAGGAGUACCAGUUUAACAAGGGUGAGUUCCUGAGGAAGGCAAGGCAAUGGACACAAAAAUAUGCAAUGGAGGAUUCACAGAUGGGGAACAAAGAGAAUACAUGUAAAGAGUUUAAGGAUACAAAGACUGGUGACGCAACGAAAAGACACAAACAGUCAGAAGACAGUGACUCUGAAUCUAGUGAUGAGGAUGAUAUUCCUCCCAGGAAGAGAGUGUUGUUGACUAAUUAUAAAACAAGUGCAGCUAUGAACAGAAAUAUACUUGGGAAUAAAUCCUGAUAUAUAUUAGGCAUUCAUAGUGAAAUCCACUAAGACAUCUGACACAAGAGAUACAAUGAUCAAUAGGGAUGACAUAAACAGUAGCUCAGACUCAUACACUGCUCUCUUGAGUCGCAUUGUACUUGUAGAAAUGCAAACCAAUCAUACAGUACCUUCUUCAUUGUUCAAAUAAUGUAUGUGCAAUCAUUUCAGAAUCGGCUAUAUUCAAUAUGGAGAUACUCUAUGGGCUAGUAAGGAUUUAAAUUUUUGGAUCUUACUUUCUUUACUUUCGGGAAGAAUGUAUAAAUGAGAUAAGAAAACUUGGUUCUUUAAAUCAGAAAUACAAUGCAUACAUACAAUGACACAUGUGUAUCAAAAAGCACUGUUGGCAAAAGAAGUUCUCUUAUUUGGGCUUCGUGGAGAAAAU